AUGCAGGAAUCAAAGGAAGUCAGCCCAGAAUCAUCUACUAAAACAACAGAAAACGAUAAAACCACAAUGCACAAUAGUAAACCCAAUGAAAUUACACCACAAAGUAACCCGAAUACACAAGAGCCUAAGGUUAGCCCGAAUAAGCACUCAGACUCAUUCAAGGAAACAGAAGAGUCAAAACCCUUUCACAUGGCAGAAAUCUCAGACAAAGAGAAAUACUCCCAAAUAAAGCAAGAAUUCCAAGGAAAGAGUCCACUUGAGAAACCAAUGGAAUUAACAAUGAAGCUCUUUGUGAGCAGGUGGUUUGAAAUAUUAUUUGAUAUUUCUUUAUUCAUUGGGAUUUUAAUCCCAGAGAACUAUGAAUUUGGUCACAUACUGUAUGAAAGGUAUAUUUACCAUGGGAUAAAAACAAAGUCAUACAAGGAUCAUUCUGCUUCUGAAUUAUUUGACUUAAUUUGCCCAAUAAUUGAAGGAAUUGUGUGCUUCUUCCAUACGGUUAUCUUUGUAUUCGAGUCAUUCAUUGGGAUUGAAAUCCCAAAUGGCCUGAUGAUCUCCAUUUACACCUCACAUCUCACAUGUCUAUUGAUCUUAUGUCACGUUGAAAUUAUAGACAGAAAGAAGACCUUGCAGCACCAUCCCAUUAUAACCUACUCAAUAGAACUACUUGUCCUUGUACUUUCCAUCUUUAUUACAGUCUCUUACUUUAAGACACACGAGAAAUAUCAGUCUGUCUUGAUGAUAUCCACAAUUCUAACACAAUAUUUAUGCAGGACACUAACCCGUCUUGUCUCUGCAGAGCAUAACCAAUUCCGUAAUAGACUUAAUAACUAUGCCACUAGAAUCCUAUUAUUUAUGUCUCUGUGCUUUUUGGUAAUUCUCUUUGAACUCUGCCAUAUAUACUUUGUAUAA